GCUUACCUUAUUUUGUUCUUGCGCCCACUAUAUCGUGUGCCCUUGAGCGAUUCGAUUUCGCAGCCCUGCAACUCUCAACACAGACCGCUUCGCCAAAGUUCAGGUUGCGAUCUGCAAGUGCAACUCAGAAAUGGCGAACCCAGCGCCCGACAUCAAUUCAAUUUUGAAGAUGCUUGGUGAUGCAUCCCAGCGACCGGCGACUUCGACGCCUACUCAGGCCCACCCUGGCGUCCCCGCGACAACCCCCGGCAUGCCCAUGCCCGCAGGCUAUGCACCCCCGGGACAAAACCCGUAUCCGCCACAACCGGCUCCGUACCAGCCGGCUCCCGCCUACCCUUACCCGCAGCCGGCGGCGAGCGGCAGCAUCGAUCUCAGCGCGAUCCGCCCCGUCAACUCGGGCACAGUUCAACUCGCCGACGCCAUCGCCAAGGCAAAGGCCUUCGCCGCGGAGAAGGGCGUGGCUCCAUAUGACCGGCAGACUGCACCUUACCCUGAUCCCCGCCAGUCCGAUUCGAGGCACUACCCGCGCGCCCGAUCCAAGAGCCCGAGAGGACGGGAUUCAUUCCGCGACAGCGUCAACCCCUAUCGGGACGAGAGGCGUGCUGAGCAUGGCACGCAGGAUCGUGGUUACGGACGCGACCGCUCCUACUCUCCUGCCCGCGGUCGCCAGGGCUUCUCCCCUCGCGGUGCUCAGAGUGGUGGCCGGGAUCGGUCUCCGUUGCGUGGCAAGGACGACAAUUCUGAGACGAUUGAGGUCGAGGCGAGCUUGGUUGGACUCAUCAUCGGCCGUCAAGGCGAGAACUUGCGGCGGGUUGAGAGUGAGAGCCGCUGCCGGAUUCAGUUCAUUCCCCCGACUGGUCAGAGCGACCAAAUGCGGCUCUGCAGGAUCACCGGUCCCCGGUUACAGCGCGAGCAGGCGAAAGAGAUGAUCAACCACAUCAUCCAUGACAGCGGCAUGCGCGGCGGUCCCCCGGGUGGCGGCGACCGUGGCCGCGAUGGUGGCCGCGGUCCCGCCCCUCCCCCCGUUCCCAAGGAAGGCGAGGACAGUUUGCAGAUCAUGGUCCCCGAUAGAACCGUGGGCUUGAUCAUCGGCCGUGGUGGGGAGACGAUCCGUGACCUUCAGGAACGGAGCGGUUGUCACAUCAACAUUGUGAGCGAGAAUAAGAGCGUCAACGGCCUUCGCCCUGUCAACCUUAUCGGCACUCCUGCUGCAGCCCGGCAUGCCAAGGAACUGAUUCUCGAGAUUGUGGAUAGCGACAGCAGGAAUGGGAACAACCCAGCUAAUGCGCGCGGGGCUCGGAACGACAACUACGGUGGCGGCGGCCAUGGCGGCGGCGGCCAAGACAAGGUCAACGAUUCCAUCUACGUUCCUUCGGAUGCUGUCGGCAUGAUCAUCGGCAAAGGCGGCGAAACAAUCCGCGAGAUGCAGAAUAUGACCGGAUGCAAGAUCAAUGUGUCGCAAUCGUCAGGCCCUGGUGAGGUUGAGCGCGAGAUUGGCCUUGUGGGCACGCGGGAUUCGAUCGAGAUGGCCAAGCGCGCCAUAGAGGACAAAGUUGACGCUGCGAGGCAGAAGUCUGCCGGCGGCGGUGGACGUGGCCGUGGCCCGCCCCGUGACUAUGACAACCCCAGCUAUGGUCAGCCUUCUAACACAAGCAGCGGCCCUACGAACAUACCAUCCGGUGGUGCAGCUCCAGCUGCGGCCGGCGCAGGCGGACAGGCUGAUCCGUAUGCCAUAUACGGCGGCUACGAAAAUUACAUUGCACUUUGGUGGCAAUCCCAGCUUGCUGCUCAACAGGCUCAAGGUCAAGGUGGUGCCCCGCCGCCCGGGACUUCGUGAAGUCGCCAUUGCCCCAGGCUCGCUGUUGUUGAUGCGCCCGCUCGACUCGUUGAUGCGUCUGAUGCGUCUUGACCCUGCCGUCGUCAUUCUCGAUUGCUGGACUUGA